AUGAGUUCUAACUCCAAUCGCCAACAAGGAACUCUUCCCGGAAAGCCUGAGCAAAACCCAAAGGAGACAAUGAAAGCAAUCACUCUAAGGAGUGGCAAAGAGUUGCCUUCAAGAGUUCUCACCAAGGAUGAUGAGAAACAAGGUGGGGAGGUAGCCAUCAACAUAGAUGAUGAUGUGGUGAUUGUAGAUGAGAAGACCAAUGAUGAGAUCUUGGAGAAGAUAGUAGAAGCUAAGGGUAAAGGGAAGAUUGGAGAAGAGAAGAAAACAGUGAAACACGGUGAAGUUGCUACUCCAUCAAAAGAAUCUUCUUUUAUCCCUCCUCCUUAUGAACCCAAGCUCCCAUUUCCUGGAAGAUUCAAGAGGCAACUGUUGGAGAAGUACAAGGCACUCUUUGAGAAACAAAUGAGUGAAGUUCAGGUCACAAUGCCUAUCAUUGAUGCUUUCAUGCUGGUUCCUCAAUACAGCAAGUUCUUGAAAGAUGCUGUAGCCGCAAAGAAGAAAGAAAUGGAAGGCAUGAUGAUCCUUACUCAUGAGUGUAGUGCAAUCAUCCAGAGAUUGAACAUACCAAAGAAGCUAGAAGAUCCAGGAUGCUUCACACUCCCUUGUGCCAUUGGUCCUAUAGAGUUUGAGAAGUGUCUUUGCGAUCUUGGGGCUAGUGUCAGUCUCAUGCCUUUGUCAGUUGCGAAAAGACUUGGAUUCACUCAGUACAAGAAGUGCAGACUUUCAUUGGUAUUGGCUGAUCGAUCAGUGAAGUUCCCUGUUGGUAUCUUAGAAGAUCUCCCAGUGAUGGUUGGAAAUUGUGAGAUUCCUACAGACUUUGUGGUGCUUGAGAUGGAUGAGGAGGCUAGAGACCCUUUGAUCCUUGGUAGACCAUUCUUAGCUACAGCAGGAGCUAUAGUGAAUGUAAAGGAAGGAAAGAUUGAUCUCCAUCUGGGCAAAGGGCAUGUUCUCCACUUUGACAUCAAGGAAAUGAUGAAGAAGCCAACUGUGCAAAACCAAGCCUUCUACAUAGAGGAAAUGGAAGCUCUAGCUGAUGAGCUUCUUGAGGAGUUGGGACUAGAAGAUUCUCUACAGCAUGCUUUGACUAUAGACAAAGAGGUUCAAGUAGUAGAGAACAAGGAGAGUGCAGCCUAUGGGAGAAUGUUGGAUUCGCGCAAGGGGUUUGUGGAUAAGGAGCAGUAUGAGGAGCUACCACAAGCAUCUUCAGCUACUCAACAAGAGGACAGUCAUCAAGAUGACUGGAGUGAGCUCAAAGCCCCUAAGGUGGAGCUUAAACCCCUUCCCCAUGGUGUAAGGUACGCCUUUCUUGGCCCUAAUGAAACUUACCCUGUCAUUAUUUAG